AUGUUUCUAAAACACAUCGACCUCACGACCGCUCUCCGGCCCUCUUAUCUACCGGAUGAAGUCUUGUUGUUCGUCCAAGACAAUGUUGGGCUCUACGAAGGAAAGUUCAAGCUUCCUCACCAACAAAAUGGGCAAGUCUACUUGACAUCCCAUCGAAUCUGUUAUGUCGAUAAAGAGGAACCGCGCAAGCACUCCGUUGCCCUCGACCUGAAAGAUGUGGACCGAUACGAGUUCUACGCAGGGUUUCUGAAAUCAUCGGCAAAGAUCACUCUGAUUCCCAAGCCCUUGAAGCGCUCUUCUCUUCAAACAAGAGCGUCUGCGAUUUCCUCUCCCAGACCAGGCACUGGAUCUCCUGCCCGGGCGGAUAGUCCAUACAGACCCCCGCCCGACCCUGCUGCUGCGUCCGCAACAUGGGUAUGCACCAUUUGCAGCUUCUCAAACCCAGUGCCGUCCAAUUUCGAUCCUACAACCGCAAACAUUUACACGCCGUUGCCUCCUUGUCUUGCCUGUGGCAUCAAGCCGACUUUGGCGCAUGUCUUGAAAGCGUCGAUAUCCAACGCGACUAGCCGAACGCCUGCGCCCCCGAGUCCAACCGUAAAUUCGCCUCUGGCAAUGCGGCCCCGAUCGACUUCCAACAGACCGGAUGAUGCGAGAUCGUUGCCACCAUGGCCUGCUGCAUCUAACAUAACAGGUACCCCGCCGAAGCCAUCAGAACCGAGCGCUACCUUCCAAUGCCCUCGAUGCACCUUUCUCAACCACCCGUCUCUAUUGUCGUGUGAGAUGUGUGGGGCGCCUCUAAUAUCGCAAGAUGUGCCGCAAGCUGUCGCGCAAGAACAGACCCAGCGUACAGAGUCUCCGGGGCCAGUCCUGAAAUCAUCGCCUUCCGGACAGGAUACGGUGGAAAGCGUCAAGAUAUCGUUUCGAGGAGGCGGAGAGAAGAUAUUUUAUGAGCGUCUGAAGGGUUCCAUGACACAACGAAAAUGGCUUCUCCAAGGAGCUCCGCCCAUCCCCCAAAGCAAUCGGACGAUAGAUGACAACGGAGUUAUUGUCCGGGCACCUGCGGCUGCCCCGGAGCGUCCCAAGGGCGUUGGCAUUGCUGGCCUUGAACAACGUGGACUUGACAUGCGCAAGAAUAACGAGGUGAUGAUUGGCAGCGCUUUUGAGGAUCUCGACGCGCUUAUGGCUUCUGCCAAAGAGAUUGUUGCAUUGGCGGAACGGUUUGCAAGGCAAGCGAAUGGCGGUAGUGGGGCUGCAGCAUCCGAAGCCAACGCUCUCUUGGCCGAGUCUGCAAGUCAGCUCGGCCUUGUAACGACAAAGGACAUUGUGAGCGGCAGCAGCUCCGAAACUCUGUAUCUGUCGGAAUUGGCGCGAAACCUCGCAGAGUUCCUCACGGAUGAUGCACGAGGUGUCCUCAAAAAGGCCGGAGGCAUCAUCAAUCUGGUUGAUCUUUGGGCAAUGUUCAACCGUGCUCGGGGUGGUGUGGAACUCGUAAGCCCAAUGGACUUUGAAAAGGCUGCACAGAUGUGGGAGUCGCUGAAGCUACCUGUUCGACUUCGCAAGUUCAAGAGCGGCGUCCUCGUCGUCCAGAGCAGCGAUCGCACAGACGAGACUACGAUCAAGGCGUUGGUAUCUUGGCUGGACGACUUACACGAGUUUCCGCCCGAGAAAGAGCUGGCUUGGGACUGGCGGCAGUUUGGCCGCGGUGUUACUGCUCGUGACGCCGCCGAACGGUUCGGCUGGAGCAUCGGUGUUGCAGAGGAAGAGUUAGAAAUGGCCGAGGAGCGCGGGGUGCUCUGUCGAGAAGACGGCAUCGAAGGCCUCAAGUUCUGGAAGAACUACAUAGACACGGGGGACAUCAAGCAUCGUAAGCGUAGAAAGCACCGUUCUGAAGAGGACGAGGUGUUGAGGGCACUGAAGGAUAGCGGACUGAUGUGA